AUGGCCGUUCCAUUCCGACUUCCCAUCAGACCACCUGUCCCACAGGUCGCUGGGCCUUUAUUCGAACCGAUUGCUACUCAACCUCCUGCCUUCUUCCAAAAUGCUGUACAACAUCCAGUGAAGCCGGUAAACUUGUUGCCAGCCUCAGGCCUACGGCUAGGCGCGACGGACGACUAUGUGCCAAUUGGAACCAGCAAGUGGUACAAUCAGUUCCUCUUACCAGCUAGUCAAGGCACCGAUCCUGUUUUUUCCUUGCCGUACGCUAUCGCCUACCUCAACGGGUCCUCCACGCUUUCGAUAUCAGAUUCUCAGGCUAUUGUAGGAAUUGGCGUGUUCCAUGCAUCCGUGGCUCAGCGUAUAUAUGCUUACCCAGCAAAUGAUACUGGGCGAACGGUAGCGCGAUCAUACACUUACCCCCUCAAUGCUACUAUCAGUAUGGGGGCUCAAGAAUUGACUCCAGCCAGCGUCCGUGCCGAACUUUCAAAUUGGUCCGAGCUCACUGCAUCCUUGACUCUUACAUUGGCGGGUGCCAGUGCAGAUUAUACCUCUACACUUACAACCCAUCGCCCUCAGCUCACUUCUCCUCUCUGUCGAGGGGCGGCUUUUCUGACAUUCAUUUAUCAAGACCUCACCCCUUCCAUCCGCUCAACAUACAAGAUAAUAUCCUUUACUGCGGUUGAGUCGCCACAUGAGACAAAUCCUGAAGCCAAUAUCGCAUCUGAUGAAUGUGACUCCGAAAACUCUCCGACCCGUUUCAGCAAAUAUCGCGUGUCUUACAGCGAUAAUUCUACCUGGUUGAUUUAUGCGAGAGCUGCCUCAACUUCUACUCAGAGACCUCUUCAGCUUCAAAAGUCGCCGAACUCGCCCUCGGAACUUGUUAGCUUGAACGGUGAAUGGACAGGUGUUAUCCAAGUUGUUAGGCUAAGUGACAAUGCUAAAGUGGGAUCCGCAGAAGAGGCAUUGUAUGAUCGCAGUGUUGGAGUUUGGGUCACUGGCGCUACGAUAACGACUGGCGCGGUCGGCAGCGGCACUUACGGUUUCGAUUGGGUAACUUCGGGACCUCGAAAGAACUCUAUGCCUCCGUUGCUGUUUGCACUCCCUCAUCAUGCGGCUUCCAUGUCUUCCUCAAUCAGUCCUGUCAAACCUAAAGUAGUCCUUAACUCCAGAGUGAACGGCGAUAUGGUUUUGUACGCGUCCAAGACAUGGAAAUUCAUAGAGCCAGAGAUCGAAGCUGUCAAACGUUACACCAUUCGUCCCUUCAAUCCAGAAUUAAGUCACCCUGCUUCACCCACAUCUCGAGAUUUGGAUAUCCUUCGACAAGUGGCCAUCAAGGACCUUAGUGUUGAUUUUGUUGCGGAGUCAAACCUAACAAGCUGGUAUUUUAGUGGUAAAAAGCUAGCCAAACAGGCCUUGCAGUGCCUCGCCAUCUCCGAAAUACUCAAAGACUCCAACUUGACCUCGCACUGUGUGAACCAAACGCAACACAGUUUCCUCCAAUUCCUGGACCCUAAGGCUGUGAGAGCUACGGAUCCCUUAGUUUAUGAGCGAACCUGGAAAGGAAUUAUCAGUUCUACAUUCCUGAAAACGGGUGAUCAGUAUGCUGAUUUUGGGAAUGGCGUGUAUAAUGAUCAUCAUUUCCAUUAUGGAUACUUCAUUCAUGCGGCUGCUAUUCUCGUCAAGCUUGAUCCAAGCUUUCGUGAUAAGGUGUCUUUCUUUGUCGAGUCUUUGAUUCGAGAUGUCAAUAAUCCAGCUCCCGAUAAGGAUAGUUACUUCCCGUUUUCGAGGCACUUCGAUUGGUUCCUGGGACACUGUCUAGCUACUGGUUUACAAAGUUCCAUCAAUGGAAAAAAUGAAGAAAGUACGAGUGAGGAUGUCAAUUUCUUUUAUGCCGUCAAGAGUUGGGCAGAGGUAACCUCGAGGUCUGUGCUGGGAGGUUUGGCCGAUCUUCAAUUGACUAUUUUACGACGCAGUAUCAAUUUUUAUUACCUCAUGACAGAAGAGAAUACGAUCCAACCAGGAAAUUUCAUCCAGAACCGUGUAGCUGGAGUGAUGUAUGAAAACUUGGUUAAUUAUACUACCUUCUUUUCAGAACUCAAAGAGGCUGCUCAUAUGAUACAAGUCUUGCCCAUCACUCCAAUCACACCAUUCACUCGUGCCAUUGAUUUUGUCAAGGAAGAAUGGGUAAACAGUGGACCUAGUACAGAUCCCACCAAUCAGCAGAUCUCUACGAUCGCUAGCAACCGUACUAGUGGUUAUCGUACUCUUCUUUACACCCAAUACGCAACGGUUGAGCCUCGAACUAUCUUCGAGGGACUUGCCAGUAAUCUGACGACGGAUAGUUUAGACGAUGGAACUAGUCUAACGUGGUGCUUGGCAUUUGCGCUUAGUCAGAUGACAAGCACUGGGAAAUGA